CAUCUUCUUGCUCAAUCAUGCUAAUCGAGAAUUAGAUUUACAUCCAUCCUCAAAAGUAUGGUUGCAGCAAAAAGCGCAAAAUCGCGUUCUCAAAUAACAAAGGAUUUUGAUAAACGCAAAACGAAAUUAGGAAAAGGUAAACAGGCAACCAACAAUGCAACAAAUACUUCAUUCAAAGCUCGUUCAAUCGCUUUACCACAACAGAGUAUCGGUCGUGAACGUGAAAAUACUCUCGUAACAAGAAGGAAAUUAAAUCUUGAAGAUUUAUUAGGUCAAUUAAGACAUCCUACCGCCAACGUUCGUCGAGAUGCACUUAAUGGCUUACUCGAAUUACUGCAAGAUGAAAGAUCUCUCAACAUUCUGAUACCCUCUAGGAUUGUGGGAAAUGUGGUAAGACUACUUUCAGAUGAUGAUGUCGGCGUACGGAACGCUUUGCUGCAAUUUUGGACUGCGUACACCACCAAAUUGACUGCCAAACGUUUGAUUCCUUAUACAUCCAUCGUCGUUUUGCACAUCACAUCAUCAAUGUCUCACAUCUUUCCCGAUAUUCGAAUUGACGCUGUCAAAUUUCUCAAUAUCUCUCUAACGGCGUUUGGACAAUGUAUGGUAAUUGGCUGGGAGAAUUUUGCAAACUCCAUUUCUGAUGUCGGUCAGGCACAAAAGGUGGAUCAAAGUUACGGUGCUAGGCUUUUGAAGUGUUACUUUACUCAAUUAGGAAUACCCCUUACCCCUACAAUCGAUGCAAUGGGAGUGAGAAAGGACUCUGAUGCUUUAUCGAAUGCAAGAGCAUCCAUUCUCUCGACGGAUCUAUCGAAUCAUGCGCUGUUGGUUAUCCUCUCUAGCUUGGAUCGUUUCCUAGAAUUCGCCUUACAAGAAAUCUCUUCAACCCGAUCUUUGAAAGUCACAAGCUCACCAGACAAGAUAACAAAUGGAUCCGAUAAAGCAGAUAUCGGAGUUAAUGUCUAUCCAAGCUGCUUGAUCGUAUCAACCUUGAGCGAUGAAGCAGAACAGAAUUCGUUCUUACAAACUUUAUCUCCUUCUGGCUCGACCUUUGAGAAGAAGACACGCACGUCGACUUGUGGAAAUUCAGAAGCUCUAUUCGCAGAAACAUAUGAUUUGUUUGAAGAUUUCAACGCUCGUGACUCCUUCUACUCAGUCGCCCAUUCAUUCCACAAUUUCGAAGUAAUAGGAUCACCCGGAAAGGGUCUGCUUGACACUCAUAUAUCCUUGUCAAGUCUUGAGCCAUCUACAGGCUUUGAAGCUCGACAAAAGAUCUUUUGUUCUCUCGUUCCGUUGUUACAAACUUGCUUUCUGGACGCUGUCCCAUUCAUCCUUGAGCAGCGUCUGACAUCCAGCACGAUGGAGAAGGAUAGCAGCAAAAGUACUAGCUUUCGCAUCGUCAAGCUGGUUGUCUCUAUCUCUCUUCAACUUUGGCGUGGACUGCGUCGUGCUGACCAUACAUCGCACUCAAAUUUAUCAAAGCUCCUCAAUCGCAUAGCGGCCCAUUUCCCAUUUGGAUCCACAGAGACGAGUGAAUCACAAGAAGCCUGGCUGGAUACAAAUCUAUCAUUUUGCGAGCUGCACGGUCUUUUUUCUUCAUUGGCAAGUGGCAAAGACGCUCAAUGCAAAUCUCAUGUUGACCUGAUCUAUGGAUACAUACAGCAUUUGUUCGAAUCUGAAAAGACGGUGCUGUACGGCUCAAGAUUUGUUGCGAUCUUGCCAACCGUUUGGUUGCUACUAGGAAGGGUUGAUGAUGGCAGAUCUACAGAAUUGAUAAGCGGUCUUAUAGAUCAUUGGCAUUCCAUUCCUUUGGGCGAUCAUUUCACAAGACGAUUAUCGACGAGAUUUUUAGGUCAUCUAUUGAUACUGCCAACUUUCUCAUCGUAUAAUGGUCGCUACGACGUUUUGCAAGAUGAGAAUUGUCGAUCGAAGCUGAUUAAAUGGUUAUCUGUAUCUUUGCCGAAACGUUUAUGGGAAUUAAACACAAGAGAACCAAUCGAAAGUGACGAAAUUCUGGAAUUGUGGAGACAAGUGUCUGUGAGGUAUGGUGAUUCUGCUAACAAUAAAUUGACCCAAUCCGAUAUCAAAGCACUCACAAAGCCUUUCUGCGCAUUCUUUUGUACGGAACAUACCAAAUACGGCAAAAUUGAUGGCCCUUUCAUUCGUCUUCCGGUAGACGUCCAAAAGCGUGCUUUAGGGGUAAUGCACAGUUUGCCUUUUGAUCAACAACUCUUUUCUGCCGUUCAAUCGGUAAUGAAGGCUUGAUUGCAUGUAUAAUUGUAUUAUUACGAAACUUGUACAAAUACAGAUGUACUUCUAUAUUUCAGUCCAUCAAAAUAAUCCUCGUUGA